UAGUGCAGAAACAUGGAACAUUGAUUAGUAGCUAUAGAAGCUAAAUCCCUCCCAUCACUCCAGAUGCUGCGAUCAUCUGUCGCUUUUUCUUGCUUGGGAGUGAAAUACCUAAAAUAUCUCAACCUGGGAAAUGAAUAAUUCCAAACUUAGAGAGUGUAAAACCCUUUUAGUGACCUAUGACCUACACAGUGGCAAAUAAAAGUCUUAUCGGUAAUUUGAUUUUAGCAUUGUGGUCAUUUUUCAUCUUUUUACUUUUUUUUAGCUGAAACUUGUUUUUGUGUAUUUUAUUCCUUUUGUAAUUGAACACAUUUCAGGCAAAGUUUGAUCGUUUCUUUUAUAUUUGCUGGAAAAGAAUCUAAAAAAGAACUCUGAAGUGAACAGAAGGUGGUGAUAAAUCCACCAGAGACUAUUUCAUUUGAUGUUGAUGCCAGAUGACCAGUAUUUAAAGGUUCAGUUGACGGCAACAUUUCAUUUUUGCUCAGAGGUCAGCAGGAGACACACGUUGCUCCUACAUUGAUAUCAUGAUGAUCAUUUUCAUUUUAUUUUCAUUUUAAGAUAAUAUUUUGUUUUUGUUUUGAUUUAAGAGACUAAACUUUACUUUACUGUUCUAUUAUAACAUUUAAACAUUUGUUUCACACUAUAGGGGAUAUAAAUGGCAGAUAAUGUCUCCAUGGUUGGUGGUUCUGCGCAACGACAGGCUGACUUUCGGGUUAUUAUUGUCCAGAUCCUAGUGAUAAUUUUUAUUUGGAUCAACAUAAUGCUUAUUGUGACAUUUUUCAAAAAACGGUCUUUUCACAACAGUGCUCGCUACCUUUUGUUUGCACUUGUGCUACUGUCAGACAGCUUUUUGUUAGUCGUUACUGAUAUUCUGCUGGUAUUAUCCUUCUUCAGGGUGGUCAUGCAAGUUUGGUUGUGUAUUAUUGUGUCAAUAGUUGUGUUUCUGUACAAUAUGGUAACGCCAAUCACUCUUGCAGCAAUGACCUUGGAGCGAUUCGUGGCGAUCUGCAUGCCCCUGCGCCACGCAGAGCUGUGCUCCACUCGCAGCACGGUGCACUGCAUCCUCAUCAUUCAUGGAAUCAGCUCUAUUCCUUGCAUCGUCAUCCUCUCUGUGUUUUUUGCAUCAGCUUCUCUUGGUGUUUUUAAGCAAAACAUGGUGUGUUCAGUGGAAAUGUUCAUAUUAUACACGUGGCACAGUGAUGUCAGGUCGGCUGUGAGUCAAUUUUUCUUUUUAAUUAUGUGCAUUGUCAUCUUUUUCUCCUAUUUCAAAAUAAUGAGAGUAGCCAAAGCUGCGUCGGGAGAGAAUAAAAAGUCAACAUUGAAAGGGCUUAGAACUGUUAGUCUUCAUGCUUUCCAGCUGCUACUCUGCCUCAUCCAGCUGUGGUGCCCCUUCAUAGAAGCUGCAGUGCUCAAUGUUAAUCUGGUCCUGUAUGUUAAUGUAAGAUACUUCAAUUAUAUCAUGUUCUUUAUUGCACCAAAAUGUCUGAGUUCUCUCAUUUAUGGGCUCAGGGAUGAAACAUUUUUCCUGGCACUGAAAAGCUCUUUUGGUUUUGGACAACUGAGAAAAAGCAAAACAUAAAUGCUCUUGCUAAUUUUUUUUUUUUUAAAUCAGCUUUUAUUACUGGAGAAGAAUGUCAAUGAAAAUUGAAAGUCACACUUACAGCAAGAGAAAAUUAUUUUGACUGCUGAUUGCAGCACAUGCAGUUCAGCUUCAUCCUGGCUUAAACUUUAUUUCUUCAUCAGGUAUUUUUAGAAAGCACAAAGGUGGAUCACUAGCAUUAUGACGACUCUUAUUUGUGUGCUCUAUGUAAUAGGGAAAUACUAAUAUUAUAAAAUCCUUACAGGCAAGACGAUAUAUUGUGUCCCCAAACAAGUGAAUUAAGUUGUUGAUACAAGAAAAACUUAUGGUCAAUGACAUGACUUGAUAUGACAAAAGUAAUAAAAACAACAAAUUGCACAAACCAAUGAAAGAGAGACAGACACUGAUUUAAAAUGUUUAAAAAUGUCACAAUUAAUCUUGUGAUUGUGGUUACCAGGAAUUUAACUACCACUUCUGUGGUUUAGGAGACGACUUCUUUACAUCUAAUCAAAAGCUGACCUGUUCUGUCAAAGUCAUCAGUGUUUACUAACCAUCUUUCCUCAUGAUUAAAUACUUUUUCUGUAAUUCACUGAGUACCUAAAGGUGUUACCCAAAACGAGGAACAUGACGAUGAAAGUAGAAUUAAGACAUUUAGAAGUUUUUUGGUAUAUUUUCUCUUGAUAAAUUCACUGGAGUCUUGAUAGCGUGAUCUUUACGCUCUGGUGUGUUGUAAGUGAAAAGCAUGUGGUUUUUCUAUGUGGGUCAGGUUGGAGUAAAGUGGUGGUUUUCAUGCUUUAUGAUAGUUAUUAUUGGCUAAGGUGUUAGGGCUGACCUCAACAGACUGGAUCAUCCUGGAGUCCCCCAGGAUAAUUUUGAUCCAUUGGGACAGAUGCAGCCUCUGCUCUAAGAGUUUACAUCCAUGUGCACCCCUGAUGAUUUAUAGAUGUGCAUGAGCUGCAGUACAGAAUAUUGUGAAUGCCCAACGCCAAAAUGUGAAGUGGAAAAAUAAAUUUUUAGACACAAACCCUGAUCAGCUGUACAUAAAUGCAUCCAAGUUAUUCUUACUUUUACCUUGUCCUCAUUUAUGCGUUUAUCCAUGUUAAUGCAAAAUAAAUAACUCGAACUAGGAAAUUGAUUGGUUUUUAUUAUACUGGAUAAUGUUUCAUAAAUGGUGAAGAAAUUACAAUAAACACACGGUGGCACCAAACUGAUGUCUAUGUGAGUUAUGUCCUCAGACAAUGCUUUCAAUGUGUGAAUGUGAGUAUGGGUGAAUGGGAAUUAGUGCUUAAGGCCUCAAAGCAAGAUAGACCAUACAUCAUUUACCAUUUAAAAUGCCAAUCUUGUAAAGCAGUAUCUAUACCAGAAAUAUAGACAACUCCAGGCCUUAAGGGUCGCACUCCUGCAUGUUUUGCUACAUACCCCGCUCAGGCAUGCUCUAAUUGGCUGAACACACCAGAACCAGGUAAUCAGUCAUGAGUAGGGCUUGGAUAUCUGGAAAUCAUGCAUGAUCUGUUGUGUUAUCAUAACUUUUUCUUGUUUUCAAUUCAAAUAUAUUGCUUAACCCAAGUACUGUCGUAUUAACUUCUGUUGUUUGUCAUAUAAAUAGUGUUUGUCAACUCUUUUAAAAACUUAAGGUGUGUCAAGCAGUUAGUUUCCAUCAAGUUAAAAAAUCAAAAGAGGAGAGCGGACCAUAAAAUACUUUAAAUUAUCCUAAAUUAGAACACCACGAUUCCUCCAUCCAUCUAUCCAUCCAUCCAUCUAUUUUCUUAACCCACUGCAUCCUUUUCAUGGCUACAAGGUGGGCUACAUAGAUGGGUCAUCCACCUGUUGCAGGACCACACAAUCACUCUCACCUAGGGACAUUUUAGAGUAAGCGGCUGCUCAGGAGAAUCUGUCAAUCCAACGUUCAAAGUGGGGACCAGUGGACACCACAUACUUUUACUAAUGCAUCUGAUUGGUCAGUUUACAACUUGAAUAACCUGUGAUGAAGAUGAAAAAAAAACAUAUUGACAAAAAAAUUGGAUUAGCAAGAAGGUGUUAAGGAAAAUAUAUCAGCGCAAGAAUUAUUCUGCCAAAAAGAAUGACUGAGUAAUAACUAGUAAUUUCCCAAAGAAUUCUAUAGAAUUUUGGCGUCUUGGAGUCAGCAGGUAUUUUUUGGUAUGCGAGAGGGGAGUGUCACUCUGUCCAU